UUCUAAUCUGACACCAUUUUCUUGUGACUCAUAAGAAAAUGAGUCGCAGAGAUCUGUGUUUGAGUUGUUGGGCAUGCUUGUGGCUCUUCUGAAUUUUGACCCGCGUUGCGACUGAAAACAAGUUGUUGUGGUGAACAACAAAGUCUUAGUGUUCUGCUCCAACUCUGGUUGUGCUGGAGAGUUGGCACACUGGCCGGAGUGCCAGGCAGCUGUGGUGGUGGAGGUGGGUGUCUGGGUGGAGGCAGCUGUUUGUUCUGGCACCGAGAGCCACAUCAGGUUCAAACCUACACCAGAAACCCUUUCAAGAGGAACAUUUUGCCUUCAGGUCGUUUUGCAUAUUGCUGAAUGUAAAACAAUUGAUCAAGCAGUCUUCCACCGUUGCUGCCAUCUUUGAAUUGAUAAAGUUUUUAAAAUAAGUAUAAAAUUAGCUCUUCACACAACUUCUCAUUCAAGGGCCACAGGAGGUGUAAACCUCCAAAUCAUUGCCUUUUACUUGUUUUUGUCUUUGUGACUAAAGCUGAACCAAAAUGCAACAAUGGCUUAGAUCUGUGCAAACGCACAGAAAUUAAAGCAACAUAGCUUUGCUUGAGUGAAACCGAAGGAAUGUCUUUAAUUCUUUGAAAUGUCCUAAUCUGUUAGCAGCUUUUAACCUGGGUAGAUGAAUUAUAUGCAGCAGCAGCAACAGUAAUGACGUUUGAUCUCUUUUAGUUUAAAUCUCAGAACAUCAAAGAGCAUGUUGCUGUUUGAUCUGAGCUGAUGAAGGAUGAAAAAUCAUGUUAAAGAUUCUGUCAGUCAGAAUAAGGUCAGAGCACCAAGAACUAACCCCCCCAAAAACAUCAACAAAUGUUCAAAGCAGCCUCAGAACACAGUGUCAGCAGAGUGAGGUAAAUACUGGCGUUUUAAAAAUGUCAUAAGCAGAAAUUAUGACUACAUUUACCUCAUUGCCAUAUAGCAGUGGGUUUACUACUACCAAAUAAUACAAAUCUCUGGAUUCCAAUUACUGGUAGCUAAAAGUACAACAACAAGAUCUCAUCUUUAAGAGCCUACCUAACCCUAACCCUAUCAUGCCACAAAGUAAUGCUGCCCAAACAGCAGCUGCCCCACUAGAGGGCUCUCCAACAGCUUCCAAAUGUGCGACACUAGUAUUUUUCCAAGCUCUUGUAAACUACUCUUCACUUAAACAUGAUUUCCUUGUUUAGCCUAACGGUCCCAAGAGGUGGCGCUUUUAGACCAGCUGACGUCUUUUAGAAUCAAACAAAAGACUUUGGGUGUGUUUCUGUGUGGAUUUCUUUCAGACUGUCCAUAUUGACUACCUUAUUAAAAUACAAAAGGCAAGUUUAUUUGUACAGCAGCAGCCAUACAAAAGUAAUUCAAAGUGUUUCACAGGAAAAUAAACAGACAAAAAAUAAAAAGACUUACAUAAACACAAGCAAUGCUUCGAAACAAUGAUUAAAUUUAAGGAUGACAUGAUCUUUACCAUUUCAUUUACUUAAAUUGUGACUCACCAGCAGCUCAGAAACAAAUUCAGACCAAAGACCAUUCAGCCAAGUCAGUCAAAUAUAACUUUUAGAUUCCUGUCACUUCUUAUGACUUGGCUAAGUUAUUUGAUGUGUUCUCACAGUCAAUAAAUUAUGCUACCGUUUUCCCCAAACAAAUCCAAAGAAGACAAGGACGUUUUGUCAUUUAUGUAUUGUUAUAAUUUUUUUUCUUAACACAUCUUCGAAAGAUAGUGUUUUGUUAAUAUGUCUGAAAUCUAAAAGUUUUAUAAUCAAGUGCCAACAUUAUGUGGGACUGCAUGUUACAGACCACGAAAGAGUUUCCAUCUCAGAGAUAAGAGGAGCAAAUGAUUAAAUUGUUUUCUGUUAAAAAAAAAUCUGUGAAUUUGUGAAAGAAUUGAUUUGUUCUUUUAGCUAAAGAGUCAUUCACUGACAUUGUUGUGAAAGUAGAACAGUGGUGUCAACACAACACAAGCCGCACAAACACUGUUAUCCUGAGACCACCCACUCUAGUAGUCAGUGCACUUGCGUGUGUGUGUGUGUGUGUUUUCUAUUUAAAUACCCCUGUGAUAAACAGGACGGGCCGGGCAGAGAAAAGCAGGAGUUGAAUGUUCUAGCUCAUUCUUCUCUACAUCACUUUUUCCUUCUGCUCCUGUAGCAUCAACACAUUAAGGUUCAUUAAAAUAGCCAUGACGCCUGAGAAAAUGCCAGGGAGAAAAUCUAAAAUCUCCGCCUCUAGAAAACUCAUGCUAAAGAGCUUGAUGGUUGCAAAAGCAAAGGAGGAUCUGGAGCAGGAGAUGGAAGAAAAGGAGGAGCAAAAGGCAAAAUACCUGGAAGAGAAAGUUCCUCCAGCACCAGUCACUGGUUUGUCACUGGAGGAGCUAAAGGCAUUAUGUGAAGACCUGCAUUCCAAAAUAGAUGUGGUGGAUGAAGAACGGUAUGAUAUUGAAGCCAAAGUCUUGCACAACAACAGAGAGAUUAAAGAUCUGAACAUCAAAGUGCUGGACUUGCGAGGGAAAUUCAAAAGGCCCAAUCUGAGACGGGUCCGGGUCUCCGCUGAUGCCAUUCUGCGUUCCCUACUGGGCUCCAAGCACAAGGUGUCCAUGGAUCUGAGAGCCAACCUCAAAUCUGUGAAGAAGGAGGACACAGAAAAGGAGAAGACAGUGGAAGUGAGUGACUGGAGGAAGAACGUGGAAGCCAUGUCAGGAAUGGAGGGGCGCAAGAAGAUGUUUGACGCAGCCAAAGGCCAGAUCCAGUAAAACAGUGGCAACAGAAGAAAAAGUCAGCUGUCAUCUUCUGAAGCAACAUCACUGUCAGUUCACAGAGUGCUGAAUGUAGCAAAACAAAA